AUGAACCGCGGCCGUGGAGGUAGAGGUAGAGGUAGACAAUAUCGUUCUUCAUAUCAGGGAAGGAAUGCCCCUCAAGGCGAAUCCGAAACCUUCGAAGCAAACUGGAAUGAGCGCAUCGAUGAUUUUGAUCAAAUGGAGUUGAAGCCAUUAUUAUUAAGAGGUAUUUACAACUAUGGCUUCAGAGGUCCAUCUGAUAUCCAAUCACUUUCCAUCAAACCUAUCUUGAUGAAUCGCUGCGUCAUUGCCCAGGCUCAAUCUGGUACAGGUAAGACAGGUGCCUUUGCAAUUGGCAUUUUAAAUAGAAUAGAUACUACGCAACCUACAACACAAGCCCUUGUUCUUGCACCAACAAGAGAACUUGCCACACAGAUUUACUAUUUCUUUGUUGAAAUAGGCUCUAAGAUGGCUGACCUCAAGGUUGAGCUUUUCAAGGGUGGUAACUCAGUUGCUGAUGAUCAGGCUAAAGCCCAGGAAUGCCCACAUAUUGCAGUUUCCACACCAGGACGUGCACUUGAUCUUAUUUCCAAAGGUUAUCUUCGCUGCGAGAAUAUUCAGAUUGCUUGCAUUGAUGAAGCUGAUGAAAUGCUUGGCGAGGGCUUCAUCUCCCAAAUCAAAGAAAUUUUCGAAUAUCUUAAUAAGGACAUUCAAUUCCUUUUAUUCUCCGCCACAUUUCCAAAAGAAAUCCUCAGCAUCAUAGACCAAUUCAUGAAUGAUCCAGUUAAAAUUCUCGUCAAGGCCGAAAUGCUUACACUUGAAGGUAUUAAGCAGUUCUACGUAAAUGUUGAAACCAGUGUUAACAAGUUUCCAACACUCCUCGAUAUUUACGGCUCCCUUUCUAUCCAAAAGGCUGUCAUUUUUGCAAACUCUAAGGAGACUGUAGAAUACCUUCAGAAGAGCUUUGAAGCCAACGAAUUCAAUAUUUCUGCUAUCCAUGGUGGUAUGGAACAAGCAGAACGUGAUAGAAUUAUGCAUCAAUUUAGAACAGGCAAUACACGCGCUUUAGUCUCAACUGACCUUUUGGCUCGUGGUAUUGAUGUCCAGCAGAUUACAUUGGUCAUUAACUUCGAAUUGCCAAAUACAGCUGAGAAUUAUCUCCAUCGUAUUGGUCGUUCUGGCAGAUAUGGUAGAAAGGGUAUCGCUAUCAACAUCUGCGAUGCAAGCGACAUGAUCAGAAUCAAGGAGAUUGAAAAAAUAUAUCAAACACAAAUCGCAGAAUUACCAGCUGAUAUCGCUGAUCUUGUUAAGGACGCUAACUCUCAAUUUGACAAGAAAUAA